GAGAACAGAGAACCCAGCUAGCUCUCUCUGCAUUUUCUUCUAAGCGCCUAUUUGUAUAACCUGUUCUGUCCGUACUGUAUCCUCUCUCUGCUUCUGGUUUUAUUUAACACAAGGCUUACAUUUUUGUCUCGGAACACCUCUCUCAUUAUCUAAAGCAAUGUUUUCUCUGUUUUUUUUUUUUUUUUUUCGUGUUCAUGUCUUCAAUGGUGUUGUUUUUGGUAUGUGUGAUCUUGGUGUAGCACACUUUGGUUCUUUUGAGUUUUGAGUAGAAAAUAUUGACCCUUUCUGAUAAUUUUGUUGUAUAUGUACGUUGUGUGUGGUUUCAGUGAGAAAGACCUUAUACUUUUUUGUUUUGAUUUUUUGUCAAAACGAGUGAAUCCCUGUGUUUAGUUUGUGAUUUGGUGUGAAAGUAAGUAUUCUUGAAACUCUUUGUUUUUUUGGGUAGAAAAGUUGAAUCCUAAGGUUCUGUGUUGAAUGGCUAUUCUGUAUGUGUGGGUGCGUUCAUUUUGGUGCGGAAGUGCAGUAUUUGGUAGUAAAUGUAGAACCUUUGAUCUGUUAUAUGAACAAUUUCUAUGUUUUUGGCAGGACAUUGUGGAGUCCUUGUAGAGAAGUCUAUGGAUUAUAGGCCUAUAUCAAGCAGAACAAGGUCGAAGAGAGAAAUGGCUCUCAUCGAACGUUAUUGGGAAAUGAAGAUCAACAGUGGGGUGAGUCCAGCAAGGAGUAAGAAAAUGAGGAGGUCCAACCAGGCUUCUGUUUCUCAUAUGAGUGAGUCCAGUUCUAGGAAACAGAGUUUUGAGUGGGUUGCUGAUCAUGUGGAACAGACUGAUGACGAUUCGGAGGGUUUUUAUUCUCAAGAGAGUAGUGGGAAACAGGGAAAGGGGAAAGGAGUUGCGGCUGGUGUGAAGAGAAAGAGGAGUUUAGGAUUAGAUGAUAGCAACAAAGAUGGUUGCAACUGGAGAGCUGUUUCAGAUAAUGGUGUGGAAGUUGUCGAUUUGGUGGAUAGUGAUGAUGAUGAGGAGGUAGUAGUUUCUAAAGGUAAAGAGGGAGGAGGAGGAGGAGGAGGAGGAGGAGGGGGAGGAGUUGAUGUUGAUGAUGUGAGUGAUGGUGGAAGUAAUGAGGAUGUUGAUGAUGUCAGUGGUAACGAGAGUGAUGAGGCCGUUUCAUCAGCAGAUGAAGAGGACAGUAGUGACGAAAGUGAGUUCUUGCCAGGGAAAGAGUCCACAGUGGAGGAAAAUGAUGAGGAAUGUGUUUCUUCAUCUGAUGAAGAUAGCUGUGAGGAGGGAAAUGAAGAGGAGGGUGAAUUGACAGAGAAGAAUGAGAAAGAGAGCAAGAAGGAAAGUGUUGAGGUUGGUUUGGAGAGAAAUAGAAAUGCUGAUGGGGAUGAUCUGCAUUCUUCUUAUGGUCAUGAUUUUGAUGACAGCAGCAAGAAAGUAAGCAAAGGAGAAACUGUUGAGGUUGGUCUGGAAGGAAAGAUAAGUGAUGAUGGUGAUGAUCUGCAUUCUUGUUCUGCUCAUGAUACUGAUGUCAGAAGUGAGCAAGUCUGGAAGGAAGAAAGUCUCGGGAUUCUUCCGAACGGAAAGAUUAAUGCUGAUGGGGAUGAUCUACAUUCUUCUUUUCGUCAUGAUAUCGAUGACAGAAGUGCAAAAUUGGGGGAGGCAGAGAGUGUGUUGGCCGAAGAGAGAAGUGGGUGUGAUAGAAGUGAUGAUAACAAUGAUGGGAAAGUGUGGCAGGAAGAAAUUGUUGGGGUUGGUUCAAAGGAAAACAGAAGUGGUGAGGGGUGUAAUCUACAUUCUUCUUCUGUUCAUGAUAUUAAUGACAGAAUUGAGAAAUUGGGCGAGGCAGAGAGUGUGUUGGCCGAAGAGAGAAUUGGGUGUGAUAGAAGUGAUGAUAACAAUGAUGGGAAAGUAUGGAAGGAAGAAAGUGUUGGGGUUGGUUCGAAGGAAAACAGAAGUGGUGAUGAGUGUAAUCUACAUUCUUCUUCUGUUCAUGAUAUUAAUGACAUAAGUGAGAAACUGGGAAAGGCGGGAGGUGUAUCUGCUGAAAGGAAAGAUGGGUGGGAUAAAAGAAGAGAAUAUGGAAGUGAGGGAAAAACUGGUUUUGGUUAUAGCAGAAAUGAAAACAAUGGUAAGUUGAAAGCAGAGUCCGAAACUGGUUCUGCUAGUAGAUUAAAGGAUGACACCAAAUAUAAAGGAAAAACUGGGACUGUUGGACGUAAAACUUGGUCCGGUAAAUGGAAUGAGGUGCAUAAUGAAUGCAAAAAGUCCAAAGGGGAUAGCUUCCUUUCUAAACAAAAGAGCACGAGGGCACCAAAACGGAAAAGGUUACCUACAGUUGCAUUUGAAGCCCCAAAAGUUGAAUCUCUUCCUUUGAGAUUCAGUUUUUCUAAGCAGCCAACUAUUCCUGAGAAACCAGAUUAUGAGAGAGAAGUAGAUGAACUUUUUGAUGAAUAUAAAUUUGCUAUGGCAUAUGAUGAGAAUGCUUCGACUGAAUCUAAGGCCAAAGGAAAUGAUGAUGCAAGGUCAAAGAAUACGAUACAUGAUUUCGAUGAUGAGACGCAUGGUGGUACUUCAGAAUCUGGUUUUGAUAAAGGCAGUAAACUUGAUGUGCAGAGGGCUUGCAAGACGGAUGUAGAGGCUGAAGGAAACAACUUUUCAGAAUCCAUUAAUUCACGAAAGGAAGACAAUGAUGAGACAUAUGCUGGUAGUCGUCCGGAACCGUAUAAGAAGGAAGAAAGGGUGAGGGAGCUUACCAACGAAAAGGGCAUUACAGCACCAAAAGAUUGCAAUGCCUUUAUGAUUCUUGUAGAUUCGAUUUAUGACAAGGGAGAAGUGUCAGGGGAACAGUUACCUCCUUCUAACGAUGAAUCCCCCCAGGAUGAAGCUCCAAGAGAUGAGCCUCUUCCAAAGUUUUUCAGGCUUGGUCAUCCUCCAAGUCCUGCGCCAGAGAAGUCAGCUUCUGAGAUAGAACUAGAAGAACUUUUUGAACAAUAUAACUUUGUCCUCAUGUCUGAAGGGAUUGGUUCCACUAAUUCUAUUGUGGUUGAAACUAAUGACUCAAUCCCUCCCGGUAAGGAAGUUACUCAGCAUAUGCUUUGUAGUCAAGGGAAACAUGAUCUUACACUUGAUGAAGAAAUUGGAUACAUAUGUCGAUUCUGCCCUCAUGUGCAUCAGGAGAUCAAGUAUAUUGUACCAGACUUUGCUCCAAACCCCUAUGGAAAAGCUGGGAAGAGAUUUUAUGAAGAAGACAACCGGUCUAUCCUUGAUGAUCUUCAGUGUAAUGACCCUGACGAUUCUGGCUUUAGUUCCCAUGCUCAUACUGAAGGCACAGUGUGGGACUUGAUCCCUGGUGUGGAAAGUGAUAUGUACCCUCAUCAGCGUGAAGGUUUUGAAUUUAUUUGGAGGCACUUAGCUGGUGGAAUCCAGCUUGGAAAGUUGGAAAAACCUACUGCUUAUGGUGGUGAUGGAUGCAUUAUAUCGCAUGCACCUGGAACUGGAAAGACUCGUUUGACUAUAAUCUUUAUCCAGUCGUACAUGAAUUUUAACCCAUCAAGCAGGCCCCUCAUCGUUGCUCCACGUACCAUGCUCCUUACUUGGGAAGAGGAGUUUAAGAAAUGGGGUUUUGACAUUCCCUUUCACAAUCUUAACAAUCCUGAUUUCACUGGGAAAGAGGAUGAAGCAGCUCGCAAUCUUGUGAAGGAUGGUAAAAGUUCAGAAAUGAUCAACUUGACCCGUAUUGUUAAGCUGAAGUCCUGGGCAAAGAAAAGAAGCAUCUUGGGGAUUAGUUAUUCAUUGUUUGAGCAGGUAUGUGGAGCCCCUACCAAGAAAGGAAAACAUCCACUUUCUUCAAGACGAAAGUUAGAAGUUGAGCAGAUGAGUGAAAUCCUUCUUAAAUUUCCUGGUCUUGUAGUAUUUGACGAAGGGCACAAUCCUCGCAAUGACCAGAGUCACUCAUGGAAUGCUCUUUUAAAACUGAAAACAAGAAGGCGCAUUAUCCUGUCUGGUACUCCUUUUCAGAAUAAUUUUGAGGAGCUCUACAAUACAGUCCGCUUGGUGAGGCCAGAAUGGACCACCAAUCUUACCUGCCUUGGAGCUUUUGACAAAAAGCAAUGGACUUCGGGCCAAAUUCGAGGCAGAGAAGGCAGAAAAAGCAAUGCUGGGAGAGGCCAAUUUGCGGAUGAUAAUACAAAGCGAGCCAAGGAGGUCAGAGCUAUGAUUUCCCCAUUUGUGCAUGUUUACAAAGGCACCAUACUGCAAGAUAAGCUUCCCGGGUUAAGGAACUCAGUCGUUGUUCUACAGCCAACAGCUUUACAGCAGAGAUAUUCUGACAGGACUCGGCUGAUAAAGAAUCCAUUCAAAUAUGAAAGAAUAGAGGCUAAAGUAACUAUCCAUCCUUCUCUCUUGCUUACUGAAGAGCGCUCUAUGUUUCAUGAUGAGGGUGACGAGUAUCCAGGUGACUGGGAAAGGCUAGCUGAAAUUAAGUUAAAUCCUGAAUGUGGAGUCAAGGCAAGAUUUGCAGUUGAUCUUAUUCGGCUCUGUCAAGCUAUGAAGGAAAGAGUUUUGGUAUUCAGUCAGUGGGUUGAUCCAUUGUUCUUGAUAAGGGACCUGCUCAAAUCUCAGUUUCAGUGGGUGGAAGGAGAGGAGGUUGUGUAUAUGGAUGGAAAAUGUGAUGCAAAGCAACGCCAAUCCUCAAUGAGUUAUUUCAAUGAUCCAACCUCCAAAGCAAAGGCAAUGUUAGCUACAACAAAAGGUUGUAAUGAAGGAAUAAGUUUAGUUGGAGCUUCAAGGGUUGUACUGCUUGAUGUUGCAUGGAACCCAUCUGUGGAGAGGCAAGCUAUAUCCCGAGCAUACCGAUUGGGACAGAAAAAGAUUGUCUGCAUAUACCAUCUCCUCAUGGCUGGGGCAAGAGAAGAGGACAAAUACAGCCGGCAAGUUGAGAAGCAUCGGUUGUCUGAGUUGGUAUUUUCUUGUUCGAAUACAGAAGCAGAUGCCAAGAAACUCCCAUCUGCGGUAGCAGAGGACAAGGUUUUGGAAGAGAUGGUGCAGCAUGAGAAACUCAAGCAUAUAUUCCACAAGAUAACAUUACUGGAUGAAGCCUCAUAUUUGGAUGAAGAUUUUAUGUAAAUCUCCUCUUCUCUGAAGCUGAAUUCAUAGUUUAAUACAAUUGUGUUCUAUUCUACCAAAUCUUGCAGUUACUUCUUUACCACCAUCACCACAGCGAAUUCGGCCUUGCCAAGGUUUGUUCAUUUAAAGUCAGACGGGUCAAAGGAGUUUGGUCCGACCCACAAUCUACUUGUUCUUU